AUGGAUUCUGAGUGGAAAGCGGCUCUGAACAUCCCGAAAAAAGACACAAGGCCGCAAACGGACGAUGUUUUGGGCACAAAGGGCAACACGUUCGAGGAUUUCUUUUUGAAGCGCGAGCUGUUAAUGGGCAUCUUCGAGGCCGGGUUCGAAAAACCAUCGCCCAUCCAGGAAGAAGCCAUCCCGAUCGCAGUGGCCGGAAGAGACGUUUUGGCGCGUGCCAAGAACGGGACCGGGAAGACCGCGGCUUUCGUAAUUCCCACGCUGGAACGCGUCAAGCCCAAGCUCAACAAGAUCCAGGCCCUAAUCAUGGUGCCCACGCGUGAACUGGCGCUGCAAACGUCGCAGGUGGUGAGAACACUGGGGAAACACUGCGGAAUCUCGUGCAUGGUGACCACAGGAGGCACCAACCUUCGGGACGAUAUCAUGCGGCUCAACGACAACGUGCACGUCCUGGUGGGCACACCGGGCCGUGUGCUAGAUCUGGCGUCGCGUAAAGUGGCCGAUUUGAGCGAGUGCCCGCUUUUUGUCAUGGAUGAGGCCGACAAAAUGCUGUCACGCGACUUCAAAACCAUUAUCGAGCAAAUCUUGACGUUUUUGCCUGCCCAGCACCAGUCUCUGCUGUUCAGUGCCACGUUCCCGCUCACAGUGAAAGAGUUUAUGGUAAAGCACCUGCACAAACCUUAUGAAAUCAACCUUAUGGACGAAUUGACCUUAAAAGGUAUCACGCAGUACUAUGCGUUUGUGGAAGAAAAGCAAAAACUACACUGUCUCAACACUUUGUUCUCCAAAUUGCAAAUCAACCAGGCCAUUAUAUUCUGCAACUCAACCAACCGAGUCGAACUUCUGGCCAAGAAAAUCACGGAUCUGGGCUACUCGUGCUACUACUCUCAUGCUCGCAUGAAACAGCAAGAGAGAAAUAAAGUGUUCCACGAGUUCCGCCAGGGGAAAGUGCGUACUUUGGUAUGCUCGGACUUGCUCACUCGUGGUAUCGACAUUCAAGCCGUGAACGUUGUUAUUAACUUCGAUUUUCCCAAGACAGCAGAAACAUAUUUGCACCGUAUUGGUAGAUCCGGUAGAUUCGGCCACUUGGGUUUGGCCAUCAACCUCAUCAACUGGAACGACCGGUUCAACCUCUACAAAAUCGAGCAAGAGCUAGGCACCGAGAUCGCUGCCAUUCCUGCUCAGAUCGACAAGUCGCUCUACGUGGCAGAAGACAACUCUGCGGUCCCAGUGCCUUUCCCAUUGUCGUCUCUACCAAACACGAUGGCUAAUGUUGCGGGUCAACAAUUGCCUCCUCAACAAACUCAACCGCAAUUCCACGCAAUGCCCCAGCAGUAUCCCCCUCAACAACAACACAGUGGUCAACCGCCUCAAGGUUCCCAUCAGCAACAACUACCACCACAACAACAGCAGCUACUGCUACAACAACAACAGCAACAACAGCAGCAGCAGCACCCGCAAGCGUAUCUUCCCCAACAAUACCCACCUCAACAUUAUCCUCCGCAACAGUAUGCUCCACAGCAGUAUUUCAACGGCGCAUCGCCAAUGAACGCUCCAGCUUCUUUGCAGGGCCAAGCAUCUCCACAGGGCUAUUAG